AUGGGAGACGUGUCAUCAUUAAAGAUAUUAUUAAUUGGAGAUUCCGGUGUUGGGAAGACAGCAUUACUUCGUCAGUAUUGUGACCAAAAAUUCAGUGAAGAUGUUUCUUCGACGAUUGGAGUUGAUUAUAGAACAAAGAGAGUGACUUUUGGUGAUAAAACAAUCACAUUACAACUUUGGGAUACUGCAGGUCAAGAAAGGUUUAGAAAUAUUACAACUAGUUACUAUAGAGGUAGUCAAGGAAUUUUAAUUGUUUAUGAUGUCAGUAAUUUUGAUAGCUUGAAACAAGUUACGUAUUGGAUUGGUGAAUUAAAAAAGGAAAAUGUAGAUGGAAUCAUAUUUUUGGUUGGUAAUAAAAUAGACGUUACCAAUAGCCUCACUAAAGAACAUGAAGAUAUCAUUAAAACAAUUGAUCUUCCACAUUUUACUGUUUCUGCCAAAACUGGUGAAGGUGUUCAAGAUUUAUUUACACAAUUAGUUAAAUCAAUUCUUGAGAAAGGAUUAGUUCCAGAGCCAGUAGGAAACAUGGAAGAAGUUUCAUUAGAGAAAGAGCCAACAGAAAGUAAGGGAUGUUGUUGA